AUGCCUUUGUCUUUAGAAGAGCGAUUUUUUUUGGUUAAGGAAGUGUACAGUCAUGGUGGAAAAUAUUCCAAAGAAGUUCAGAAUAUUUUCAAAGAAAACUUUGGAGAGGAACAACUUCCUGAUCGACAUUGUGUUGAUGCAUUAAUGAAGAAAUUCGAGCAAACUGGAAGCAUGCAGGAUCGACCUCGUAGUGGCCGUCCUUCAGUUAUAAAUAACGAAGCAUUACGAGAUGUCACGAAGAAACUUGAUAGGAGCCCGCAUAAAUCUCUGAGACGUCUUUCACAGGAAGUUGGUAUGUCGUUAACAUCAACCUACAGAGCAGUUAAGAAGCAGAAGUUCUUCCCUUACAAAGUUAGUGCCGUCCAUGAACUCAAGGCACAAGACACCGAAAAGCGAGUAAGCUUCUGUCGUUGGUUUCAACAAUUCAUCGACAUGAAUGGAGAAAAUAUCUUGAAUGAUACAUUCUUUACUGAUGACGCAUGGUUUCAUUUAUCUGGCUAUACGAACAGGCAGAAUUCGAGAUCAUGGGCAACUGAAAAUCCCCAUGAAAUAUUCGAGAAGCCGCUUCAUGACCAAAAGAUCGGUGUCUCGUGUGCAGUAUCCAGGAGCCGUAUCAUUGGGCCAAUCUUCUUCGACAGCACCGUUAACUCUGAUCGGUAUAUUAAGAACAUUUUUGUUCCGUUUUCUGAACAACUUACAGCAUCAGAAAAGCAAAGAACAUGGUUCCAACAAGAUGGCGCCACUACUCAUACUGCACGAGCUACGAUGACAGCCGUCCGCAAGGUAUUCGGUGAACGCGUCAUUUCACAAGAUUUAUGGCCACCACGCUCACCAGACCUGACGCCACCGGAUUUUUACCUUUGGGGAAAAUUGAAAGAUCUUGUUUAUGCUGACAAUCCUCGUUCAAUCAAUGAUCUUAAACAUAAUAUCAGACAAAUCAUUUGCCGAUAUCAGAUGUGA